UCCGUGUAACACAUUGUGUGUAUGACUGUGCAUGUCAGAGCUAUACCUUGAUCCAAAUUUACACGUUUCUAAAACGAAAUUGUUGUCCUUAAACGUUGAAGGAGUGCUGAGAGAAAUAACGUAAACAUGGUAAAAAAAUAGUGAAAACAAGACGAAAAAUAACGAAGGGAUACGUCCGUUCAACGGGCUUUAUAAUAUAAAGCUAUAUUAAAGUGAGGUUAAGUUGUUUAUCAAAAAUGGCUUUCCGCUUUCAGUUUGGGUUUAACAUGUUUCCGGAGAUUCCACGACCUUUCAACACCCAGUAUAAAUGUUUCUCCGUGUCAAUGUUACCUGGUACAUACCGACAAGAUGUCGAACGCGGUGGAAAAAUAAUUAUGCCACCGUCAGCUUUGGAACAGCUUACAAGAUUGAAUAUUAAUUACCCAAUGAUAUUCAAAUUAACUAAUAAGAAGACCAAUAGAAUAACCCACUGUGGUGUUUUGGAAUUUGUUGCGGACGAAGGAAAAGUUUAUUUACCUUAUUGGAUGAUGCAUAAUCUUUUAUUGGAAGAAGCAGAAUUAAUAAAUGUUGAAAGUGUUUCUUUACCAGUUGCAACAUUCUCACGCUUUCAACCGCAAUCUGAAGAUUUUCUAGAUAUUACAAAUCCUAAAGCUGUUUUAGAAAAUGGAUUAAGAAGCUUUGCUUGUCUUACAACGGGCGAUGUUAUAGCCAUAAAAUACAAUCAAAGAAUAUACGAAAUGUGUGUUCUCGAAACAAAACCUGAUCCAGCAGUCACUAUUAUAGAAUGUGAUAUGAAUGUCGAAUUUGCUCCACCAGUUGGCUAUGUAGAACCCAAGACAGCAAUUAAAAAAGAUGAAAAUGAAGUGGAUCUUGCAGAUUUAAUGCCAGCACCAGCUGGUUUUGUACCAUUCAAAGGUCAAGGUAACAGACUGGAUGGCAAGAAACGCAAAGAUUCUGCACAAUCAGAAACAACUACAAGUAAACCAACAUAUAUUAGGGGAAUACCAGAUUACGGGUAUGAAAUAGGAACUCUUACGUUUUUGCGCAGUAUUAAACCUGUUAACAAUAAGGAGGUAAAGGGCCCGGAUGAAUUUAAAGCUUUCACUGGUGAAGGUUUCUCUCUCAGAAAUUCAAGCAUGUGACUGAACAAUUCUCAGUCCAUUUAUUUUCUUAUAAUUACGUACAUUUGUAAAAUUGCAGGGUAAACAAAAUAAAUGUUUAAUCCACUAAUGGGCCCCAAAAGUGUUUACUGGGUCUUGUAGGAUCUUCCGUCAAGAGAAAGUCACGACCUAGUGAUAUAAAUUCUUCAAAACUGAUUUUCCCAUCAUCAUUAGUAUCAAUGUGACUGAAGGAAACAACUGCAUGCUGUAAUAAGAGUUUCAAUUAACUCUUUUACUUUAGU